UUUGUUUUCAAUAUUCUAAAUAAAUACCUUAAUCUUUAUGGUGUCUACGCUGUCUGUAUUCAUAGUUUCUUAACAUUAUAGUUACUUAUACAGAAAAUUUAUACACAGAAGCUUGUAAAUUACUGGAAAAUAUAGGGGGGGAAAACCUAGAUCUAAAUGUCCAAGUCUAUUCCUUUAAAUGGACUGACCAUUUUGCAUGUUAAAAGAUAAAUAGUUCUUGUUUACAAACAUGAAUCCUAGGUCGUAUCUGAUACCUUGUCACCUGUACUUUUCCAACAAACACCUUGUGCAGGGUUUUCUCUUUUAGAAUAAAUGAGGCUGCUUGCGCAUGUGCAGUACCUAAAAUAAAGGUUGGGGGCUGUUAUCCACCUAGUAAAUUAGGUUCUGUAAACAGCUGCACUGCAUCUUCAUGAACAGGCUAGACAUAGCUUUUUUAAAAUAUAUUUUGUAGAAAAAUGUAAAUGUCCAAACACAGUGGAUCUGGCAACUCUAGUGUGAUGCACACUUUAAAAUAUGGAGGAAAUCAAUAUAAAUCUCACAGCUUAUGUACCAUUAUACAUACGUUUGUAAAAUUAUUGUGCUUUAACUUGUGAUGCUCCUUGUUGUAUGUGUUCUUUUUUGGGGGGUGAGGAGGAAUGGGUCUCUUUUACUUGUGACCAUAUUAUAUAUGUCCUUUCAUUAAAGGGACACCAGAGGCACCCAGAUCACUGCCACUCAUUGAAGUAGUCUGGGUGCCAUGUCCCUGUCGGUUUAAAGCUGCAAUGUAGUGUUUAAAUGUCUAUAGCGGCUAUCACUCUGACAGUCACACUGGGGGACGGCAGUUGCAUUAUAAGCACUACAUUGGCAUGUAGUAAUUAUGGUGCCUAAAAUGCCCAAGUUAAAUUAUCCUUAUGGGGUUAAUACGAAUUAUAAGCUAUUUGUGUUAAGAUUUUCACAUAUUUCUGCUGUUACUAUGACCGUGGUUGUAACCAGCUGUUUUUUUAAAUCCACACAGUCUAUACUUUAUGGCGCUAUCCUGAUCUUCUCCCGGCUUUCACCACCUGGAUGCCUGUACUAGAGAAGUUAGCUGGAGGUGCAGGUAAGAAACACUGGAUAUUUACUGUGUUUAAGGCUACAUUAUCCAGAAAGCUUUUCUAUUGCUUGAGAUGCUAAAGAAAGAUGCAAAAUGUAAGCAGAUUCUGAUUUCAGAAUUAAUACAAAACUCUGAACAGAUCUUCUUAACUGGCACCAAACAUUUUAUCCGAGUUGUUCACUAAAGUGAGAACAAAUUUAAGACCAAAAUAUAACUGAUCUGGAAGCAUAGCUGAUGUUUCCAGUUUGGCUACUUUAACCUUAAAUGUAAAAUUUACUGUGAAUUCCUGACAAUUCGAAUGCUAGUGAAUAACCCUGUAAGAAUCUGGAAAAUGCUCUUCUACGUUCCAAGCAUUCCUGUAACAUGACAAUAAUGUAGUAGAGAGUACAGUUAGAAUUGUUUACACAAUAGCUUUAAAUAAUGUGCUCUCUGUCAUAAUUACUGUUGCAGGUUGAAAAGAUUUUUAUAAGGGAUUUAAAGCGGAACUAUCACUUCUCUAGAAAUGACAGUUCCUUGUUCCUUCACUUAAGUAAAAGCUAUUACUUUGCCUCCACUGCCCUUCCUUAAUUCAGGGGAUUUGCUACUUGCAGUGAAUGUAAAUUAGUUAUCUUUCAAAGUGUCAUGCGUGUAUAAGGCACUUUAAGAGUUAACAAAUUUACAAACUUUGCGCAGUCGUGGCCAGUAAACUAUGUCAACUAAAAAAUUUAAAUAAAAUUAAUUUUAAAUAAAAAUAAUCUUUUAACACAACCUUUGGAUAUCUUUUAGUUUGCUAUUUUAUUGUAUAAAAAGAGAGGCAGUCUCAGUUCAUCUUUAAAAACUGUGAAACACAUCUAUUUGUCAACUGUAUUGGAUACGGUUCUGCUAUGUGAAAUAGGCAGAUCCACUAUUACCCCUUAAGGAGCAGUGCCACUCUACACUACACAGUUACAAUUUGGUACUGAUUAUUUACCAUUGGUAGACCCCUGCAGCCCCGCAGUCAAUAGCGAAUUAGGACACUCCAUGUCAGGUUAGUGUUGUUAAGGACCAGUUUGUUAGAGGCCGUCUUUGGUCCUUAGACGCCUAAACAUUCAUAUUCUGAACUUGACUCAUAGGGUUAUUGGCCGCAGUGGAGUUAGCAUGUUAAGAUACUGUUGCUUUUUAAAAAAAAUAAUUAAUUUUUCAUUUUGGUUUGCAGGUACAUGUACGAGAAUGCGAGACAUUCUUAUAAACCUGUAAAAUAAGUAUAAAUCCACCUGGAAUCCAAUGCCGGGUAAAGCUCCCUAGCUGGUUUUACUUCUGUCAUCAGAAGUCAUCGCUGUUUUCCUCCCGAGGUCCAAUAGAGUUCUGAGCUGUCUAAUUAGGACGCAACACACCCGAUCAGCACGUUAUUCCAGCCUUCUCUGUGUGUGUCAAUUGGGUGAACUGUGUAAGCGGCCAGCCUCUUAGCAAUGUAAAGGAUGCUGCUCGCGAUCAAGGUGCACCCUUAAAUAAUGAAAAGGCGCACCGUGUCAUUUCUGGUCCCACUUACGUCAGGAGUGACGUGGAUCAAUCAGUUUAAACACUACACUAUUUAAAGUUCCCUAGCCCCAUUUGCAGUGUCCCAUUGUAGUUUCUGUUUGCAGUACCCAUCUAGUGCGUUCCUCUAACCUUGUCUGUAAUUUUGGUAUUGACCUUUUACUUGUUUCUGGAUUUUGAGUACAUUUAUAACCCUGACCAGGCUACUUUUUUCCUGAUUUUCUGUUAUCCAUACAGUGGGAAACACUCUUGAUCUCGCCUUCACCAACCUCUGUACCGCCUCUAACCUCUCCAAUAUUCAUUUUCCUUUAUCUGACCACCAUCUGCUGACUUUUGACAUCAGUACACCCAAGUCCCAACUGACACCAACCUCGGCACAUAAAUAUCACAGAAAAUUCCAAUGUCUUGACCUAGAGCUCUUCUCCAAACUCUCCUUUUACCUAUCUGAAACCUCACCUGCCCUAGCUCUGUAAUCUCUUUCUACAAAUCCACCCUCUCCUUUCAACUAGACAUCAUGUCACCUACUACACUUAACGCAGCAAGCACCCCCAACUUCAACCUUGGCACACCAAGCUGGCUAUAUACCUCCAAAAAUGCUCCAGAAAUGCUGAACGCUGCUGGAGGAAAUCUCUCUCCGCAUCUGACUUUCUCCACUAUACAUUUAUGCUGCACUCUUACAGCUUGGCUCUUUCUUCUGCAAAAGUAGAUUACUUCAAUACCCUCAUAACCAUACUCUCCCACCAACCCAAACGACUAUUUCACACUUUUAACUCUCUUCUUUGCCCUGUUGCUCCUCCUCCUCCUACCAACUUAACCGCCACAAACUUUGCAACUCACUUCACUGACAAGAUCUCUACAAUCAGGGAAGAGAUCUCUAAUCUCUCUCCUUCCCCUUACAAUACUUGCCCCAAACUCACUCCCUCUGCUUUUCUAUGCUCAUUUGCACCCGCUACAGUAGAAGAGGUUUCUUAUUUGCUCCUUUCCUCCCGCCCCACCACCUGCUCCCUUGAUCCUAUUCCCUCACAUCUCAUCCGUACUCUGUCUUCUUCUCUUUCUCUACCUCCCACUAAAAUUCUCAAUCUCUCCCUCUCAUCUCCAACUGUAACCUCGAUUAAAAAAAAAAAAAAAAAGCCCAACUACCGCCCUAUUUUGCUACUGCCUUUUGCGUCCAAGAUCCUUGAAAGACUUGUGUAUGUGAGAUUGACAGACUUCCUCGAGUCCAAUUCUUUGCUCGACCCACUUCAGUCUGGUUUCCGCUCUCAACACUCUGUGGAAACGGCUCUGACCACAGUAUCAAACGAUCUACUAACUGCAAAAUCUCAUGGUCACUACUCUAUCCUAAUUCACCUUGACCUUUCCGCUGCUUUUGAUACUGUUGAUCAUCAACAGCUUUUUCUCAUCCUCUGCAAUCUCGGUCUACGAGAUAUUACUCUCUCCUGGUGUUCCUCCUACCUCACCCAGUGCUACUUUAAUGUCUCUUUCUCUGGCUCUGCCUCUUCCUCCCAAGUUCUCUCUGUUGGUGUCCCCCAAUGUUCAGUUCUUGGUCCCCUACUGUUCUCGAUCUAUGCUGCCUCCCUUGGUAAACUCAUCAGCUCCUUUGGUUUCCAAUAUCACUUCUAUACAGAUGACACAAAUCUAUAUCUCCUCCCCUGAUCUCUCCCAGCCCCUCUUGACUAGUGUCUCUGACUGUCUCUCUGCUAUUACUAACUGAAUGGCUGCCCACUUCCUUAAACUCAACUUGUCCAAAACAGAACUUCUGGUCUUUCCUCCCUCAAGUGUUGCUACUCCUGUGUCUGUCUCUCUCCACGUUAAUGGUGCUACCUUCAGCUCCACCACGCAGGCUCACUGCCUAGGUGUUCUCUUUGACUCCGACCUAUCCUUCACCCUUCAUGUCCAGCGGAUCGACAAAUUCUGCCGCUUCCAUUUCAAAAACAUUGCGCGCGUCCGACCCUACUUAAUGCCAGAUGCAGCUAAGGGGCUGGUGCAUGCCACUGUCUUCUCUCGACUUGACUACUGCAAUCCCCUUCUCAGUGGUCUUACGUGUUUCCAACUUGCCCCAUUGCAGUCUAUAAUGAAUGCGCGGCGAGGCUCAUCUUCCUGUCUGCCCGCCCCUCUCACGCCUCGCCCCUCUGUCAGUCCCUGCAUUGGCUUCCUGUAAGAUAUAGGGCUCAAUAUAAAAUUCUUGUUCUUUCUUUCAAAUCUCUACAUAAUGCUACUCCCACUUAUGUAUCCUAUCUAAUACACAAGUAUGUCCCGUCCAGGCCCCUACGCUCUGCCGAAGACCUGCGUCUAUCCUCUGUUCGUACUCCCACCUCUGAUGCUUGCCUUCAAGACUUCUCUAGGGCUGCACCGUUCCUGUUCCUUUACGCUGCCAUGGAAUAAUGCAGUAACCCAUUCUGCUUUCCCUUGUCUCUAUGUAUGUUCACUGCAAUGAACAAUCAAUGCUCACGCCAGUCAGAUAAAAUUCAAGAAAGAAGAAGCCUUUUUUUUUUUUUUUAAUGCUGGUACAUUGUAGAUAUGAAAAACAGUUUUCUUAGUAAUGUGUACAACAAAAAGCAAGAUCAACCAAUCAUAGCAUUUUCAGUGCAAACAGUAUUCCUAUUACGUAUUGCUGUAAGUCUACUGCGCAUGUCUAGCACAUCUUUUUGCUAUAUUUAUGGAGGCAUGAGGGGCCCAAGGGGGCUAGAUGGUGGUGUUAACACUAUAGGGUCAGGAAUACACGUUUGUGUAGAAAAAAGGUUUUUUUUUUAACUCUAUUUGCCUGUAUAUAUGACAAGUCCCCUUUUCUGGUACUGCAGGUGAAAGUUUAGGCAAGGUAUAGCCAGGUGUACUAAUUACCCAUGUGGGACUUUCAUUAUCGCUUUACUUCUAUUCCCUUUGCCCUCUUCCACCAACAACAGAACCAUCAAGGAAGGCCUGUACAGAUAUUUGUAGAUACAGGACAAUAUAUGUUAUUAAUUCCACAUCUCACUAUGCAAUACAUCCAUAGGUUAAUAUAUAUCCAUUUAUAGCUAUGUAUGUCUAGGGGAAUAUUCACUAAGCAUUGCAUAGGUAAGACAAUUUAUUCUCCAUCACCACUCUUUCAAUAACUCAUUAAAAACUCAACCCCUCUGUUUCUGUGUGUCAAACUUGUCUGGUUACAAUUACAUGUUUGUUAGUCCACCCAUUGUAAAGCGCUAUGUAAAUAUAAUAAUAAUCCUGACCCGACUAGUAUCUACGUUUAGUUCUGUCUCUCCGUUUUUCUGACCUUGGCUUGUAUAUUGACUACAAUUUUUCUCUUUUGUAUGUUAAGUCCGGCCACUCUAAGGUCCGUUAAUAUGUCUAAACUGUUUCUCUAUUUGUUGUCCUAAGUCACAUGUGCCAGGUGUGCAAAAGUGCAAAUAUCUCUGUAUUUGCACCAUUUUAAGCAGAAACGCUGCAUAUAGAGAUUCCUACCACCAUGACCACUUCUAAAAGCAGAAGUGGUCAUGGUGGCUGGAGUAAACCUUUGUGUCACUUUGGCUGUCAAAACUUUUAGAGAGUGGGAUCAGUCAUCGUGUCAGUCAGGCCCCUCUCCCCAAAAUGGCUAGGGUGCUGCCUUCAUAAUGGUGAAAUUGUUUUCUCAGUUUGUUGUUAAUGCAAGUAGUUUUUUUGUUUGUUUGUUUGUAAUGUGCAUUUCAGUACCUUCAGUACUGUUGGGUGAAAUUAGGGACAUUUAUCAAUGUGUUGUGAUCUAAAAAAAAGUGACAAAGUUGUGAAAGUGGAGUACCGUAAUUAGCUUUCCAUAAUUGCCAGUUUUAGAACUUUGCACAGAUUUUCAGAUCAUUGCAUUUUGACACAUCUCUCCAUUUUAUCAAACCUGAAAAUGCAACAGCAUUUAUGUUUAAUUAGCUUGUAAAUCACUCCCCAUCAGUGCCUGCCCCAUCCUCACUGGCCUUCAACUAAAACCCACCAAGGCUCUUCUUAAAGAUCUUAGUAGUCUAGUCCAACGUUGUGCUAAGGAGUGGGAUAAGAGGUAAAUGUGGCUAAAGGGACGGGGGAUAGGACUGUAGUGGGAGGCGAUAUAGAGGUGGAUAUAAAAUAUCUGUGAUAAUCAAAUUAUUUGAGCUUAUUGUAAAGGCAUGCGCACUGAAAGUCAAAUGCACUUUUUUAAUUUACCUUUGUUAGCAUGGUGCAUAGAUACAAUGUUAAUUAACCUGUUUCUGCCUAACAAAUAAACUGUAUGUUUUGAAAAUGACAUACAAAGGGCAUAUGUUCUGUUCAUGCAUUAUAAAUAGUUACUUCAUGUCAUGUGAUGCUUGUCUUUUGCAGAUCUGAUGUUACCUGGAGUUGUGGUGCCCUCUAGUGGUCUACCUGAAGUAAAACGGGGAACUCUUUGUGCUGUCACAGUGGUUGGAAACAGGUAGCUUCCUCUACAGCAAAACCUUGAUUACUUCAUUAAUAGAAUUCAUAUUUAACACUUUAACUGCUGAUAGGCUCUCUCAUCAGUUAUCACUAUAAGCGGAUUUCCUUGCUCUCUAAAAGAGAGCAUUUUAAUGUGUUUGAACAAGCACUGCCCAUCUUAUGACAAAGAAAAAGAACUCUAUAGACAGAAUAUAUUAUAAAGAUGUCUCACUGAGCUAAACAAACAUAACAUACAUAACAGGACUCAAGGACAGCGGGGGAUGUAACAAGUUCAAUUUAUUAAAGUGCCUAUUUCUAUUGAAACCUGCCCUUUUUGUAAAAUGAAAAUGCGGACACACUUUUCACACAUAAAGCAUUUAGACAAGUUAUGUACAUCUAUAUAACUUUAUAUUAGUCGUGUAAUAUCCAAGUAUGGUUAACUCAACCUUUUGUCCUUUAGUGCCUUAAAAUAAACACUAUUAAAAAGGACGGCGAUACCAUAUGGAUCACAGGAUGUUCAACUAUUAAAAAACAACAAAAAAAACCUCUUAAUGUGCCAUUCCAUUUCUUAAGACAGAUGGGUGCAUGUCGCAUUCACUGACCUAAAUAUAGAGUCUGGAGAAUGUUGAAAAAAUAAUGGCAACACACUUUCAGAAUGUAUUCAGACAUGCAGGGAAUUUUCUCCCUAAUAUAGAUGAGCCCCUACACUAAUUUUAACAUGGGAGAUUAACAUGCUAACUGUUUAACCUGCUCUCUGAGACUCCUCAGUUUAUGCUUUCCUGUGGUUACCUCCAAAGGGGCACCACCAAUAUUGGGUUACUGUGACGUAGUGGUGGACUUAACACAAUAAGGCCAUAUGGUGAAACUGAAUCCCCGUAUUCGUUUGCUAGGAUCGGUGAUAAGUAAUCUUGUAAAAUUUGAAACUAUUUUUUGUUUUAGUAUGUCCACUGUUCUCCAAUUUCUAUUUUGUCUAACUUAUAGCGUAUCUGUUGUUCGUAUACGAGUUAUUUAUUAAUUUAAAUGACCAUGUCAGCAGUAAUACCUCUUAUUGGCUCUUUGCGAGGACUUCCUUUAGGCUGCUGUGUAUGGAAUAUAUAUCCAAUGGUUGCAUGGAAUGACUACUUUAUCCUCUUUAUGUCAAGGGCUCCAGUGGCAGUAGGUGUGGCUACUAUGUCUACAAAGGAAAUGCAGGCAUCAGGGAUGAAGGGGAAAGGUAUCAACAUAUUACACACCUACAGAGACCAGCUAUGGUAAGUGACCUGUAGAACCUCAGUAGCUUCACCUUGAUUAUUUUUGGUUCCAUCAGCAUGUCCAGGAAAAAGGACCACUUCACAAACUAUAUUGUAUGUUGUGCGAGCUCAAGUUGAGAAAUAUAUAUUUAAACUGUGUCUAAUCUUUGUCCACACACAUGCCAUGAUGACAGGGUGUUUGGUGAUAAGUCUUCCCCUCCAAGUAUUGCUCCACUGGAAGUGAAUCCUGCUCCAAAGGAUACGGAAGAAGAACAAGAUUCCCCCCAGGAAUCUGAGAUCUCAAAAACAAAGGAGGUAUCCCUUCCUGAGGUUCCAGAAAGAGAAUUGGAAACACUUAAUCUAACAGAACAAGGGACUGUUGUUCCCCAAAAUAGCACAGAUAAGGUAGAGGAUGAAGAUGAAGACACAGAAGACAUGGGCCAUUGCCAAAGAUCCCCACAAGGUUAGUGCUAAAAUGAUUUAAAAGGUGUGAUGCAACAGUAUAAAUUGUUCUUGUUCUAUUGAUUUUGUGUAAUGAGAUAAUUGUUGAUAAAUACAGAGAAGCAAAUGUGCCCAAAACCUCGGCACUCCAAACUUUAUGAUAAGGUUAUAGUAAUUUUUUGAGGUGUGAGUGAAUAGCUAAGGAAGUCUUAGUUUUUCUUCAGAGGAGCAUUGAUGAAUGAUUGAAAGGUAAUGUUAAUUAAAAGACCACUGUAAUCACCCAGGCCACUUUGUCUCAAUGACGUUGUCUGAAUGCAGUGGUCCUGCCGUUUUGGUCCUUCAAUAUAAAACAUUACAUCAAAGAUACGUUUAACCCAUUUGUCAGAAGAACUCCAGGCUGGCUAAUGUCCAUUCUCUGCAUAUAUAUAUACAGAAUUGGGUUAGAAUGGUCAGCUGAUGCUUUCAGUCAAUGAAUGGCUGGUGGGAUCAACUUCUGGCUUCUGCAGAAGUCGAAUGUCGCCACUGAAGGACCCUAAGCACCAGGGAGGGACCCACGUAAAAAGGCAUCAUAAGCACUACUGUGGGCUGUUUGAGGUGUGCAUCAUAACCACAACAGGCUUUAGUGGUUAUGGUACAAAUAUAGAAAAUUAAGCCCUGCACUCAAACUCCCACUACGCCUGGGUGGCAGCAAUGACUUUAGUACACAUCAGCUCCAAUACAUACAAUAAAAAAACAAACAAAAGAGUUACUUUUGCACUAUCCCAACUCCCCAUGCAUAGUUAUUUAAAUGUGCAUAGGGAUUUGGGAUAGUGUGCAAGUAAGUUGUCUUAGUAGUGGUUAUGACGCUUGAUUCUUUGAUGCAUUUUAUGGUUUAUGCUUUAGAAUAUAUGAACAGACUGAACCUAAAAUAAAACAAUUACAUUCAUGGUCCAUUAUACUUCUGCUAAUACAGUGCAAGCAGAAGCAGCUGUCAGAACCGUCCAAAACCAAGCAAGUGCAUCACCAAUCUGGAACCGCUUUCUUGUCUUUGGGGUCUGCACUUAAGCCAUAAACCAAUGUCCAGCAGGAGUAUAUGGGGGCUAUGUUGUAUAUGUUUCUAUAUGGCUGCUAUCUGUCUCAUAGGGAGUAGGAGAGAUCUGUCCACCCAAGCUGAGUGUUUGGCAAAAUUGUCACGUACUGUGUAAAGCAUACUUCAAUUUAUCCAAAAACAAACUAAUUUUCUCUUUCUUUAAAUCUGCAGAAGUUAUGGAUAGCUUACUGAACCAGUGCUUCUUUCAUGCUUUAAAAUAUAAGAUGAAGAAACCUGAUCUCCCAUUGCUCACAAGCACAUUUCUUCGAAAUUACCUCUACCCCUGCUGGUGAGUGUUAAAACAACAGUCAAAAAAGCACUUUCUAAACUGGAAUGUUUUUUUUUUUUAUUAUGCAUGGAACAUAAGGCAAUUCUGAGAGAGCCUGACAACUGUUGGUGUUUGUAUACUAGCCUGGCAUACUAACUGGCAUCAAAAAGCUUGCGCUUAAUGAAGCAGUUUUAGUUUGUAGGCUGUAACUCACGCAUCCUGCAUGGAAAAAAAAAGGUUUCAAUUUAAAUCAGACAUUAACUUGCUUUAGAAGUUUUUAUCUCAUGCUCAGUACAUUGAACUUUAAUCACACAUGGGAAGCUUCUGCACAGUCUAGGAGGCUAUUAACAGACUAGGAGAUAAGAAAUUCUAGGUUACACAGGCUGUGCAAUACAGGAACCUAAUAUACCCAGAUUACUUUUCAGGAAGUCUUUAGUAAAGAUGUGCAAGUCACAUGCAGGGAUUUGUGACUAGGGCUGUAUAAACAAAAUGAUUUGACUACUAAUUGACAGAGAGCUGAGCAAUGUGACUGCAAGAGGCAUGAUUUAUACACCAAACCGCUUCACCAAGUUAAAGUUGUUUUGGUGCCUAUAUUGUCCAUUUUUAAAAUGUGAAGCAUGGUUUCUGUGUGGAAUCCAACCUGUAGCAGCAUAGAGCUGCAUCAUGAUCAAUGUAAUAUACAUUUUAAAAGGACACUCAUUGGACCUCACUCUCCAUUUGUAGGGCGCUCCUACAGACUGGAACCAAGUGGGGGAUGGGUGGUAUAUGCUCCAGAAAUUAUAUGAUUCCUUCAAGCUUAAAAUGUUAGACCAUGGUGCAAAAUAUAAUACAUGUUUGUGUUCCUCUAAGCAUGGUUAAAGGGACACUAUAGUGACCCAGACCACUUCAGCUCAAUGAAGUGGUCUGGGUGUCAGGUCCCUCUAGUGUUAACCCUGCCUGAUGUAAACAUAGCAGUUUCUGAGAAACUGCUAUGUUUACAUCUGGGGUUAAGCCAGCCUGUAGUGGCUGUCUUCCGGACAGCCACUAGAGGCGCAUCGGCAAUGAUUAAGGCAUAUUAUGCCUCAAUCACGCAGAGCAUCCAUAGGAAAGCAUUGAAAAGUGCUUUCCUACGGACACUUUGAAUGCGCGUGCGGCAGUGCUGCUCAUGCGCAUUCGGCGCCCGUGACAUCAGACAAGGAUGCUGACGUCGGCGGGGGAGGAGAGGUAAGGGAGCCUGGCGGUGGGUGAGUAGCGCCACGGGAGGGGAACCCUGAGGGUGGGGGCACCCUCAGGGUACUAUAGUGUCAGGAAAACCAAGCGGUUUUCCUGACACUAUAGUGUCCCUUUAAGUUUGACUUGUUAAUGGAAAUCCGUCAAGACAGACAAGACCACAUUCUGUCUGCUGGAGUGCACAAAUUUACCCUUAAAGUGUGUCUGCAAAUAUUUAGAUACAAAUGAUUUAUUUUAAGUACUUACUUGUACACAUAUUUUGCAAGCUACACAACUUCAAGAUCUACACGCAUAGCCGGUCCAGAUAGAUACAUCUUGCUUUGUAUUCAUUAUAAUGGCUGUCUUGGAUUUACUGUGUAGAUGAUUUAUUUAACUACCUGAAUACAUCUUGAUGUCCACAUGCAUUGUGGAUGGUAAAAUGCCAGUAACCUAGUUCUAAGUAUACAAAAAUUAAACACUGGUUUGGUUUACAGAAAGGCGAAAAAAAAAUGUGACUAUUAAAGGACCACUAUAGUGCCAGGAAAACAUACUCGUUUUCCUGGCACUAUAGUGCCCUGAGGGUGCUCCCGCCCGGCUCUGGAAAGGGGAAAGGGGUUAAAACUUACCUUUUUCCAGCGCUGGGCGGGGAGCUCUCUGCCUCCGAUCUUCCUCCGAUCCGCCCCGCCCCGUCGGCUGAAUGCGCACGCGCGGCAAGAGCUGCAUGCGCAUUCAGCCGGUCACAUAGGAAAGCAUUCAUAAUGCUUUCCUAUGGACGCUGGCGUGCUUUCACUGUGAAAAUCACAGUGAGAAGCACGCAAGCGCCUCUAGCGGCUGACAAUGAGACAGCCGCUAGAGGAAAUAGGGGAAGGCUUAACCCAUUCAUAAACAUAGCAGUUUCUCUGAAACUGCUAUGUUUAUGAAAAAAUGGGUUAACCCUGGCUGGACCUGGCACCCAGACCACUUCAUUAAGCUGAAGUGGUCUGGGUGCCUAGAGUGAUCCUUUAAUAACUGGACAUUAUAACACUGGUUUCACUAAUUAUUUAUUCAUUUUCAUUUAACCCAGCCCCGAAGGACAGCAAGUGGACAUUAAGAAGUCCAGCUACAAAAAGGUAAAUUGUCUCCUGUUUGUUUCUGAGUUUAAUAGUGUGUGUGUGUGUGUGUAUUAUGACUAAAAUAGAAGCACAGUAUUGCAGUAUUUCUUCUUUAUUCUUCUAGCUUUCCAAAUUUUUGCAAACAAUGCAGCAGCGCAAGAUUCUGCAGGUAAAGGAGCUUACUAAAGGGGUGGAAAGCAUUGUGGAUAUAGACUGGAAGCACCCAGAGUAAGUGUAAAAUCAGCUUAAUGGUAAUAUUGGUGCUUUUUAAGAAUUCUUGUACUAACCCUCUAAAAUUCUGUUGCUAGUGCAUAAGUGGGCACUCAUCACAAUAUUGCCUUACCAGUAUUGCAGAGCUGCUGGGGCAGCAAUCCUUCAUAUCACUGUAUGUAUUCUUGAUACCUUGCUCCCAACAUGCAUCACAGCUAACACAUGUGCUUCUGAUGGCAGAGCUCAAAUUUUCCUACACUACUACCCAGGCCUAAAAGUUACUCUCCCCUGCAAGCAUGCAGGUCUUAACCUGCAAUUACUGCUGGCUAGUGGAGAGUGGAUAUUUUGAGCCUCAUUGAUUAGUUGCCAUCCACAAAGAGAGUGUUAAAAUUUUUUAUUGUGAAACCAAAGCUGUUAACAGCACUGCCAUAACUUUGUAUGCCUAACACCCAUAGGCAAAGCUCAACCAUCAUCCUACCUCUAAUUGUUAACACUUAGUACCGACACACAUAUUUCUAACUUUACUGUUUAAGCCGAACUCAUUAUCCAGUAGCUUAACCGCAAGACUUACCCUUAGUUCCUUAAUCAAUAUCUUAAUCAUAACCCUUAACUCAUAAGGAAUAGUUAGUUAGCCACAUCGGGUAUGCUGUAGUUACCAUAAUUCUGCUACCUGAAGUUGAGAAAGUCCAUUUAUUAAAGCUAUGUUUAUUUAUAUAUAUAUAUAUUUAUAUAUAUAUAUAUAUAUAUAUAUAUAUAUAUAUAUAUAUAUAUAUAUAUAUAUAUAUAUAUAUAUAUAUAUAUAUAUAUAUAUAUAUAUAUUGACUAUUGAAUCACCAGUUUACUCUCACACUUUCUAUUGUGUGAAAAUAUAAUUUAUUUAUUUUUUAAAGCAAAGAAAAAUAUGGCCUUGAGUGGUGUUAAUAGUUUUUAUCUGCUGUUCAGAGGUGAUGGGUUUCAUAUUAAUUAUGUUACAUUAGUUUCUUAUUUGCUUGUAAGUGAAUUCACAAAAAGGUUUUUUUUGUGUGUAGUUUUUAAUAUCAAUUAACCUUUUCUCGUCUUUUUUUUGGGGUCCAGCAUUUUGUUUGGUUUUUAUACAAGUGUGCAAGCAUCCUACUUUAUGGAAACUGCUUAGAACGUAAACAAUAUUGGGCAGUGAGUCAAAUCAUGAUUAUAUGCAUCGUCCCACUGAGUACAAAGCGUGUUUACUGCAUCUUUAAAGGGGCACUCUUAGCACCAUAACGACUACAGCUCAUUGUAAGCCCACUUCCUGCACCCUGGUUGGAAGGCUUUCAAUAGACAAGGAAGAAGUGAAUCUUUAAAUUUACGUGAGUGGUUGGGCUGUGAGUGAGUGGAGAACCUUACUUUUGUCAAACCGCUCUAAAACAAUGUGACAGAAAAUGGAAGAAUGGCACCUAAAAACUCAUAGCACCGCAACUAUUGCAAUGAUGUGUAGUGAUUCUUAAGACCUGCAGUCUUCUAUUCCUUCCCCAAUUGCUGAGCAUAAGUGACUAUAACUGCAGUAGGAGGUAGAGGAAUAGUGUAGAUGAAUGCAGCUUCCAAGAUGAUUUUCCCCAGCAAAUUGAAUAUUCCCCAAACAUGAGCCUAGACUUCAUGAAGGGUGUAACAGGAAUGACGUUUAUUGAUGACACACUGGCUUUUAUGAGAAAUCCUCCUGCAAGAGGACCUCCCACAGUAAACAAAGACAAUAACCAAUCAACAUACAGCUUUACAGUAACCCCCGCCCUCUCUCUGUCUGGUAGAUAUUGAGAUAAGUUAAGGAAUAACCCAAUUAUCUCCAGGCAGAGUGCACACAAUUUUCCCAAAAGUUAGAACACCCCUUUCCACACAAGGUAUCCCCACAAAUUACAUAUCCCCUGAUAGCCCCGAUCUGGGGGACCAACAUAUCCAAAUUUCACCCAGAUCGGUUCAGGGGUUCUUAAAGAGUAUGGAAGUCAAAAGUUACCGAUCACACACAAGGCUCCUACCCAAAACAGUUCCACGAAUUUGAAGUGUGCGGUCGGUCAAUUCAGAAAAAGGCAUACAACAAAUAGAAGUCCCGAAUGGAUCUUCCUGGCUCAUAGGAGCAAUUGCUCCCCUUGUCCGUAUGAACAAAACUACCGAAUGGUGCUCUCCUGGCUGUUCGGCAACUAAAGGAAGCAGGCGUUCGGUAGUUUCAGCGGUGGUUCGGGAGGUCGAGUGUCCGAUUUUAGUUCCAGACACUCGACGACCAAGUCCCAUAGGAGAAAAUACCGAACUAAGUCUAUUUUCUUCACCGUGAUUAUGAUGAGUAAAGUGCACCCUUAAUAGUGUUUUUGUUUACUUUUCAACUACUACUCACUACCAUAUGUAUCUUUGUUUUUUGUAUUUUUUUUCUGUUACAUAUGUGCUCUAUGUGUUUGCAGCAUCAGAUCCUUUCUUGCACCAGUCACUGAAGCAACCACUCCAACACUUGUGGAAAAUGAGAGCGAGGCAGGAGAUCAUCCAUAUCAGCCACCUGAAAUUACCUCCUUGUACGGUAUUUCUGCCAAGAUGCUCCCACUGUUUCAGGAUACUGGACACAGGUAAGGAACACAAUGAGCAGAAACAUUUUCCAUAUAGCAGAGCCACAAUUCUCUCCACCCCUAUUGUGCUAUUGUGUUUUUCUUUCUUGUUUAUAACAAAGAUAAAUUGAAAGAGGUGUAACAUAACUCUAAGAAUGGGCUUGUUACUGUUAGAAGAUAGCUUUGUCUUUUUUGGUCCCUCACCAGUGAUGUAUAGCAGAUAUCCCUCCAAGAACUCAGUUACUAGAUUUUUGUGUGUUAUAAGUAUUCUCUUAAGUUGUGUUUUGGAGUCCGUUGUUAUCCAGCUAUUACACUUAUUCAUGUGCACAAUACAUGUUAUAUGUGUGAAUUAUUUUGUUAAAUGAUGUAAUACAUAUUCUCAAUUUACCAGUGUCUGUGUAACUAGAAUUUACAUUAAGUGGACAUCCUUCUCAAACUAUGUAAUAUUUUAGCAGUAUUGUUGAGCUAUAAUUCCAUGAUAUACAGCCAAUAAUGGAUUUCUUUAUAAUCAUUUUAAUUUAUUUACAGGAAGGGCAACCUCCUCACACAGAGUGAUGUUCGAAGCAUAAUCAUUACGUAUGUGAAAACCAACGAGCUGGUGGACCCAGAUAACAAGAAGUAAGUGAUCUUAUCUGUUUUUCUUGUUUCCAGACCCAGCCAUGGAAGUGACUUAAUAUGGCAUGUAAUAUUUAUAGGGAUAUCUUGUUCAUGUUUCAUUGAGUGCAGAAUUCUUAUUGCUUAGAUUGUCUUGUAACCGUUCAAUCACUGUGACUUAAUUUUCAUAUAUUAUUACAAUGGAUGUGUCUGUUGUUGCAGUGCGUGAUUUGAAAACUAUAUAAUGCCCUGUAAAAUAAAGUAUUAAACUACUUGUAUUGCUCUUUAGUUUGUAUAACCAAUGAACAUGUAAAACAUAGAAUGAUAUAGAUUAUUAUGUAUAUAUAGAAUCACUCACAAUUUAAAGAACCCAGUGAGCCAUACUCUGAAAUCUGUGCUUUUAUGGGCAACAACUUUCCCCUUUCCUCAUUAACUAUAUAUUCUCUACAAGGUUAUAUGGAAAAGAGUAAGAUCAUUGUGUAACUCUGUUAUGUAAUUCAGCGUACACACAGUUUAGCCAAGUGAACAUUUACUUCCCCUUGAAAGAACACUAUAGCAUCAGAACACAAACAUGAAUUCCUGACACUACAGUGUUUAAACAGUCAUCAAGGUGUCCGGCCACCCCUCUGUGGAGAAAUAAGGUGUUUAAACUCAUCCUUUUUCCCGCUCUACUUCCGUCCCGUCCCAGCUUGUCCCGCCUCCUUGAUUGACAUCUUCAAAUAUAAUGAUCUCAGCCAAUCCAAUGCUUUCCCAUAGAAAUUGUGCAUGUGCUGCAAAACCCUGCACUGCACUAAUCAGCAUCACCUCAUAGUGAUGCAUUGAAUCAAAUAUCAAAUGUAUACAUUUAUUAUCAGUAUUUGUGUAAGGCCAUUUUCAUGGGGAAUUACUUUAAUGAAGCCAUAUUGCCCCCACACUUUUACACACUUUGCUUUGUUGCUAUUGAUUGUGUGCCAAAGUAAAGAAAUAGCCAAAUUUGUGUUUUUCAACAUCCUCUGAGUACAGUAUUUUUACGUGCAAUACUAAAACUAUAUAGUGGCACUGUAUAGAGCAGUGGUAGUCAACCUUUUUCUACCUACCACCCACUAAUGCAUCUAUCUUGAUGGAAACAUUUCCUUACCGCCCACCAGUUUUCGUGCAAGUGCGGAAUAUUUUUUAGAAAGGAGGGUGUUUUAAAAAAAUAAAUGUACUUACAUUUAUCUUUUUAUUUCUAAUUAAUGCAUGUUUAUAAUGUUUUUAACUUUAGAAAGUUUAAUGAGAAAACAAAGUAAAUUGAAAUUACCUUUACUAGUGAUUAAGGAGAUCCUUGAGGUUGAUGCUGCGAGACUAAAUAUUUGAUAUCUGGUUCGAUUUUCGUAAGGAACAAACGAAGGUCUCCACUUUCGGUGAUAUUCAGGCGACUUCUCUGUUUGCGCAUAAUAUGAUUUUUCAUCUGUGUGUCAGCUCCCCUUCUCUCCCUCCUCAAUUCCCCUCCCUGCUUUUUUUUUUCCCUUUUUUUAAUUUUUUUAACUUUCCUUAUAGCAAUGCCCAGUAGGAAGGCUGAGCUAGGUAGCCUACUUACUAUAGCCCACUAUAACAGACAGACACACAUACAUACAUACAUACAUACACACAUACAAAGACACAUACAUACAUACAAACAGACAGGCACACAUACAUACAUACAUACAUACAUACAUACAGACAAACAGACCGGCACAUACACACAAGACACAUAUAUACAGACUGACACACACAAGACAUACAUACAAAGACACAAACGCAAGACACACAUACAAAGACACAUACACACAAACAAACACAAAAUAUUUUAGUCACCCUCCUGUUUCCUACCUUUUAGGUGCAGGAGGGUGACAUUCCCUGGGGUCCAGUGGUGGCUCAGGUGGAUGGGAGUCAGAGUUCCCACUCUGACUCCCUCUGCUUCCUCCCGUGCGGUCUGUGUGUUAGCUGGGAGGAGUGACGUGCAGUCACUUCCUCCCAGCUCUGUGAUGUAAUCACAGGGGGCCUGGUUGUGCUGGUUGCGGAUGGAUCCCUUGGACGGCGGCCCGGGCAGUUUGCUGCACGAACCGGGGCCGCAAAUGGUGAUGGCGGUACCCGGUCGCAGGGGUACUGCUGUCUCGCACCCGUCCGCCCAAUCUCUCAAAAUGAGGAAAUCCCUACCACCCACCUGGAAUCCUGAAACGCCCACCAGUGGGCAGUAGGGACCAGGUUGACGACCCAUGGUACAAAGUAUAGAAUAAAAUGUAUUAUACACUAUGGUCUUACAUUUCUGACUUGUAAUGAAACACAUUUAAUUAUUGAGUUUCCAUAAAAAGUACACCAUUUUUGGCAGUGUGGCGGACCGCCAGUAUAUCUGCGCCACGGAUUCCCUUUCCCAAUGUGAAGAUAAAUAUUGCUGAUAUAGCUUUCCCAUUAGUCGAGACUGAAUGCUGGGAGUAUAUCUGUUUAUUUCAGGCAAGCACUCUCAAUUUAUACAUACAGUAAACGCCUCUCUGUGCAUGAGGGAUUACUGAGUCAGGAAACUUACAACUCAAUUAUCUCCCAGGUACAAAAAAAAAUCUGACAACUUUUACAACACCCCAAAAGUACCCCCAAAGUACAUGGAAACCCCCGGGUAGCCCUGAUCUGAGUGAUCUAAAAUAUCCAAAAAGUACUCUGAUCGGUUCGGUGAUUUAGAAUUGCCAUUGAGGUAAAGUUUUGACCAGCCGGCCAUGAGGUAGAAGCUUAAAAUAGUUUGAGACAUCGUGGCAACCAGUGGUGUAUCCUGGUUUUGUGCUGCCCUAGGCAGGACAAAACUCAGGCGCCCCCCUCCCCCCGCGCCACCCCCACCCAACCCUUCCCCCCCCACCCCACCCCACCUUCUAAAUACACACACAAACACACAGUCAGACACACACAAACACACAGUCAGACACACACAAACAUACAGUCAGACACACACAAACACACAGUCAGACACACACAAACACACAGUCAGACACACACAAACACACAGUCAGACACAAACACACACACACAGUCAGACACAAACACACGGUCACAAACACGGUCAGACACAAAACACACACACACACACGCACACAGUCAAGACACACAGUCAGACACAGAAACCCGCACACACACAGACAGACACAAACACACACAGUCAGACACAAACACACGCACACACAGUCAGACACAAACACACGCACACACAGUCAGACACAAACACACACACACACAGUCAGACACAAACACACACACACACAGUCAGACACAAACACACGCACACACAGUCAGACACAAACACACACACACACACACACACAGUCAGACACACACACACACACACACACAGUCAGACACACACAGUCAGACACACACACACCACACAGUCAGACACAGUCAGACAAACACACACACAGACACACCACAAACAGACACAAACACACACACACACAGUCAGACACAAACACCAGACACAAACACAGUCAGACACAUACACAAACACACAAACACAGUCAGACACAAACACACACACAAACACAGUCAGACACACAGUCAGACACAAACACACACACAAACACAGUCAGACACACAGCAGACACAAACAAACACACACACACACAGUCACACACACAUCACAAACACAGUCAGAUACAGAGUCAGACACAAACACACACACAGUCAGACACAUACACAGACACAAACACAGUCAGACACAAACACACACACACACACAAACACAGUCAGACACAAACACACACACACAAACACAGUCAGACACAAAACACACCACAAACACAGUCAAACACACACAGUCAGACACAAACACACACACACAAGUCAGACACAAACACACACACACACAGUCAGACACAAACACACACACACACACAUCAGACACAUCCUUAACCCCUUACCUUUGGGAGUGCUGGGGGGGGUCUCUCUCCCUGGUGGUCCAGUGGCUGCAGGUCGGGCUGGCAGGCGGGCGGCUGGCGAGGGAGCACUUCCUCUGAGCUGUCAGCUCAGCUCCCUCGUGCGCCGCAGAGUGAGGCUGGGAGCCGGAAUGUGACGUCAUCUUCCGGCUCCCAGCCUCACUCUGCAGCGCGCGAGGGAGCUGAGCAGUCAGCUCAGAGGAAGUGCUCCCUCGCCAGCCGCCCGCCUGCCAGCGCCGCCCGCCCGCUCGGGAUGUCUGUUAGCCGCGAGGCUAACUAGGCAUUUGUCCUGGGCAUUUGGGGGCGGCGGUUUUUGCCGCCCCCUGAAAAAUGUCGCCCAAGGCAAAUACCUUGUUUGCCUCGCGGCUAAUACGUCCCUGGUGGCAACAGCCGGUCUCAGUUCAAGGAUUUCCAUACGAAAACCACACAAAAUAUCCGAAUGCUUUCAAAUGUCGAAUGCUAGUUGGUAGUUCAUAUCUCCCGAAGGCCGUUCAUAUAGGUGGGCGGGAACUUGAACGGGCAGCCGAAAUAAGUUCCAGGCCCUCAACCAUCAGGUACCGUUGCCUGCGUUCGGGAGACAAAAGGGCUGCCUGGGUGUCCACCUAGUUGGUUGCACAAAAUGGCGGCCACCCAGUGGAGCAUUUUAUUAAUAAUUUCCGUUGUGGUUUUGCACUGAAUACUUGCACUGAUCGUGUUCCACGAUCUAGUUAGGUGUUGGGGUGCUACUCGUUCGGGAACCGACUAGGUGAUUUCGAACAAGCAAAUGAACAGGGAAAAAAAACUAAUAUUUCCGAACCAAGUGAUGGGCCAUUCCUUCACAGGCAGUUCCUAUUAUUAUGAUGGUUUUGUAAACUAUCCUGUAGGACUCUCAGCAACUCAUGGUUUUAUGGUUCAUGGACACUUGUGAUGACAUAUGUAAAUUAAAAUGUGUUAAUUUGCUUGUAACUUUAUUAGUCAUUUAAAAUAUAGCACUACAGCCAAUCAUUGUAAACUUAUCCAGUGGUUUGAUUUCAUUUGUUGACAUUUCCCACAUGGAAAAAUUAUAAAGGUGACAAUUUAAUUGCUUUGCUGUGCCAAUUAUGACACCAGAUCGGCACCUUUUGAUGAAGAUGGCAUUGACAUCAAAACACAUUGUGCAGUGUCCAAACAACACUGUGUUGUCUCACAUGACCAUCUUGCUAAUUCCAGUAAAGGCUUUUUCUGAAGUAUCCUAGUACCCAACACAAAGGCAUAGGAGGUCACUGGAAAGAUGAAAACAAAUAAAAAUACUAUGUACAGUCAUGUUGGUAAUACUUAGCAGAUGUAGUCUAGUCUAGUCUAGUGUAGGCUUGGUGGAGGAGACAUGAAGGGAAAGCUACAGAAGAUAAGAGACAGAUGGCCCCUCUCUCUCCAUGUGUGCAGUUAAAUGGAACUUGAUCACUGUAGAUCUGCUCCUAAUAUCUUUAAAAAAAACAACAACAAAAAAAAGAGAAUAAAUGACAUAUUUUACAGUUUUGAUCACCUUUUAUUCACCAACCCCAUUCAUCACAAUUUUUUAUUUCCUCAGCUUUGUGAAGGUAAACCCCAUACUGUGUGACUGCCUUCUGGACAAAUCGGAAUAUAACGAUGUUACAUUUCUCAAAUGGGACGACCUUCUCACAAGGUAGAACUAGUAACCUCCUCUCCAACAUUAAAGUUAAUUGAUUCAAGUGCCUUAGCACUGUUUCAACCAUUUUUAUUGCAGUUGUUUAAAAAAAAUAGCCUAUAACUUAUUAUACAGUAUUUCAUAUAAUUUCAGUUUGGGGACUAGAAGGAAUGGAAUAAUAGGGCGCGGGUCUCAUUGUAGUUGCUGUCUCUGUUGUUCUCUUUGUCAUCAUAUGGACACUUCCCCAGGUGUUUAGAAAGGAUGCAGCAUUCACACCAGAUUACCUUCCCUGGGUCUUCCCCCAUUGUUCGGAAAGGAAACAUCGACCCUAUUGAUAUCAGCGUGGCACAGAGGGGAUCAAACAAAAAGGUUUGCUUUAUUUAUUAUGUACCACGAUAUAAGAAGCAAAGACGCAGUUUGGAAACACAAUUUUCUUACUUGUUGUGCAAGCUUUCGUUUUGCUUCAAUAAGAUGACUAUUUUAUGUCUUAUUAUAGGUCACAAUGAUAAAGAACCUAGAGCUGUAUGGGAUGGAUCCUUCUACAAUUGCUAACUUACUGCAGCAGCGAGUCCAGGCCAGCGCCACUUGCACACCCCUCCCAGGUGCAAAAGACAGAGUGCAAGUGCAGAUACAGGGAAAUCAGGUGUUAAAUGUCGGUAGACUUUUAAUAGGUCAGUACAAAUAUUGUGUGAAUAGACUUCAUUCGUAACUCCUCCUCAAUGAACUGUGUUGAGAAUAGAGAGAGGGACUUUAAUGGGAUAUAUGACUGUGGUACAGUUUUAGUGUCAGGCACACCUAACUCUGUAGAGAAAAGCAUGGCCUAAUGCUAGUGUAAACUUUGUGCUUAGAAAAAUGUACUUUUAUGGCUCCAGCCUUCACCAUAUAAUAUCAUUAGUGGAAAUAUUGUACUUCUGGCCCAAUAUGAGAACCAUAGCGAUAAUGUUAGGUACAGCUUGGUCUUGCAAUAUAGCUUGUGCCAUUUAUAGCACAUGGCAGGGGUUGUCACCCAAGCAUUAUAAUGUUUCAGCAUCAAAGCACCCCAGAGCAUAUAUUUGCUACAAGGGGGGGGGGGGGAUUUGAUUUAAAUCAUGAUUUUUAUUUUAUUUUUUUUAAACAUUCUUGUUACUUAUUCUAAUAUUUCAUACUUAGAAUAAUAACUUUUCAGAUUAUAUUGACAGCUAUAUCUUAACGGAGUUUGUGUUUAAUAGGUUAGUCACUCAUAUUUGGAGAACAAUUUAAAAGUUUUUAUUGUGUAUACACAGAUUUGCAGAAUAACAUUUUUGCUGUGAAAAAGUACAUGUCUCUGAAGACAAAAGUUUAAUUAACUUAACGAGCAAGAACUAAUUUACCAAAAUAACCUUAAACAUAAGACUAUAAUUUUAUUAAUCUAAAUCAUAUUUAAAAAAAAAAUAAUUAAGAUUUAAAAAAAAAUCUGAUUUGCACGCGCAGGAUGCAUAUUUAAGUCUUUGAGCUGAACUCCCAAAUAUUUGUUUGUCUCAUGUUGCAUGGCUGUAGAUGUCAACCUCACCAUAUCAUAUUUUUUUCACCAAUGUCCUCUCUGUUACACUUAUGGCAAACCACGUUUUUCUUUGCAUCUCUUUUUUUGAGCUAGUCCAUAAUCUGUAUGGUAUAUAUAGACUUUUUGUGGUAUAUAACAUUUCUAUAGCUGUGCGUAUGACAUUUUCUGUGGUGGGAAAAAUUAAAAUGUUUCAAAUAAACUUACCACUUUUUUUUUUAAUGAAUUUUGUUUGCAGAUGAUUUUAAGAUACCUAGAAAGUAUGUCAAUGGCCUGGACUUGGCAACUAAACCUGGCAAGAAGAAGUGACAAGAUGUCUUCAUCUGUUCUCUAAUUUCUGGAUUGAAACCUUUAAGCCAAGAACCAGAUCUCCACCAGCCUAUUAAAAUACUUCCCAUGAAUCACCUGCUAGCGCACAUAGUUUAAGUAGCUCCAGCUGCCUGUAGGAAGGACAGACCUAAGCAAUAGUUCAUAAUGGUUGCAAACUCAUAACAGCCUCAUUAGCUCAGAGGUACCAUAAGACCUCUCUCCUUUGCCAUGUUAAGGGAUUACAUUUUUCUUAAGCUUAAUAGAUUUCGAACAGUAGAUUUAUAUGUGAUGGAAAUAUUUAUUCGUAAACCAAUUAGCUGCCAUAGAACCUGGUAAUACUACAUAUGAAACUGUGAAUACAGCCCAGUAAAGAACUGGUACCGCUGCUCCAUGGACAUGUUUAAGACAGAGUUUCUCAUCAUCAUUCCUCAAGUACUUGCCUCCUAUUAGUAAUGUGAGUUCCUUCUAUUACAUUGGGCUGUCAUGGAAAGCAAAAUUAGUUUAAGGGGAAAAAAAACACAAAAACAUGAGUGUUAACACUCCUUAACACACACUUAAUGAAGCAUCCUGAACCUCUAAUGCACAUCGGCUUGCGGUAGUGUUUUAGGGAUUAACAGCGUGUGUCCAUUUCAAGUCUUGUCAUUACUCUUAUAGAGUGCCUGGCUUGCGCCUUGCCAACUGUCAAUGCAUAAAACUGUAUUUCACAUAUACAAUGCAAUUGCUAGCAAGUGCCGAGGAAUCUUAAAUAAAUUACAGAUCUGUCUUUUUGACAGGAUAUCAGUACUUAUAGAAGUCAUCACAUGAGUGGGUCUUGGAAAUCUGCCCGUCUGAGAAGUACUACUAGUCUCAUGAUGAGAAACUCUCAUAUAGAAUGUGAAAUAUAUGAAUACCAAUGCUGUCAUGUUUUGUGUUAGAUAGGCAAGGGAGUAAGUCUGUCAAUUUAAAUAUUUCUUAUCACAUACAUGUGCACAAAAUCAGACCCAAUCUGAUAGAGACAAGCCAAUGCAAUCAUUUCAUACCCUCUCAACAUUCAAAAUUCACAUGUUUAUUCACUCAAAAGAGAAUUCAAAGUAAAUUUCAAAUUUAAGGUCAAAUUAGCUGGACUCUAAGGGAAUCUUUUCAGUUUGAGUAUUUUGACUUUAAAAGGGACACUGUAGUCACAAAAACAACUUUAGCCUAAUGAAGCAGCUUUGGUGCAUGUAUCAUGCCCCUGAAAUUUCACUGCUCAAUUCUCUGCCAUUUAGGAGUUAAAUCACUUUUUAACUGGCUGUUAGUUACACAGCCCAUGAAAAAAGUGUUUCAUUUUGAAUCAGAUGUUACUUACUUACAUUUUUUUUUUUUAUCUCCUGUAAAAUUAACUUUAAUUGCAUACAGGAAGCUCCUACAGGGUCUAGCAAGUUAUUAACAGAGCAGGAUAUAAGACAUUUUAUAUUAAAAAAUUUUUGACAUAAAGGAAAUGUAAUCAUUAGAUGACUCUUUACAGUAAGUGUGUAGGAAGUCUGUGUAAGUCACAUGCAGGGAGAUGUGACUAGGGCUGCAUUAACAAAGUCAUUUAAUUCCUAACUAGCAGAGAAUUGAGCAGUGAAACUGUAGGGGGCAUGAUUUAGACACCAAAACGGCGUCAUUAAGCUAAAGUUAUUUUGGUGACUAUAUUUAAAUUUUAAAUGCUGUUUGAAUUCUUACUUUAGUGAAUAAUCCUGUCCGUUUCUACUGAUGAACCCCAACCCAUAUAAAACAGCUCUGUCUGACAGAUAGGAGAAGACAUGUUCCUCCCAGCUGGCAGCAGAACUGCCUCUCAGAACAGAAGAUUACACCAUUAUUUUGCAGAAUGAAAAUAUAGACUUACUCCUUAAACAAUGCACGUGCCCCACUUGCAAAUAAUCUACUUUGUUCAUUAUUUCCCCUUUACAAUCCCCACCACCAAGAUCUUUUUAAGCACACAAGCAUCUUGUCUGUGCUCUAGAUAAGCCCCCAAAUAUUUUUAAAUAUUUUCCUACUUACAUUUCCUGUUGAAUCAAUUUUCAAUAAUAUAUUUUUCAGAAUAAAGAUAGAUAUAGGUACAGAUCAGAUCUAUUCCAUUGAUGUGUUGUGGUUUUGAUGGACAAUUAACAGUUAUUUAUUUAUUUAGAAAGUAUGAAUUAAAAGUGAAUUUAAAAUUUAAGGACCAAAUAGUAGGACUGGAAAAAUUAUCUAAGUCAGUCGUGCUUCCAGUUUAGCUAUAUUGGCCUUCUAUUUAACAUUGACUUUAAAUUCUCAUGUUCGUGGAUAGCCCUGUGAGACUGUGCAACUAUUUUAACACCCUUUUUGUUUAAAAGUUUUGGGGAUUUUCCUCAAUUGUACUUACCAUGUUUUAAACUAUUUCACUGCCAUUCAUGUUUUUUUAACAGGCACUCUUUCAGGAAAAAAAAAAAAAGUUUAUUUGGAAAAUGAAAAAUGUUUGUUUCCCCGAUUAUUCAGGGGACGUUAAGAUGUCUAUUUACCAUUAAAAGUAUAAGGACGGUUCCAAAGAAUAAAGAACGCUAGAAAUUACGGUUUAAAACAGUUUAUUAUAUACAUCUCUAUUUUCUCGUAAUACAGUUUUCAAUGUCUACAAUCAUUUUACAUAUGUGUUUUUCAACACUCAAUCCGAAGACAUCCAAAAUAAAUAAAAGGGGAAAAAAAAGAAAAUAAGUACAGAAGCAGCAAAAGCAUUUUUUCGUUUCCACCAAUGUGUGGUACAUUCUUUCCUGGAGGCUUGCCACUCACACAUUAACACAGCAAAAGCAGCUGCAGGUCACAAGGCACUGCCAGAGGUAUGACAUUUUUUAAGAUUAGGUCACACUGCGCCUGGGACAUUGUCAUAGAAAAUUGAUUAAAGACCUGUGCUUGAGCCUAGUUUUCAGAGAUCAGGGCUGUCCAGCUGGCAUGUUCAAUUAAAAACCUGUAGCCCACUAAGUCUUUUACAAUUUAGCUCAGUUGGCCAUAUUGGCUUUAUUAUAUCAUGUAACUGAUCGCCAAGUCAGUGUUUAUGGAUCUAUGAGAAAGUAGAUUGAACUGCUUUUAAAGGCAACAUAGUUUCAGAGUACUAUAAUAGGCAUCAAAACUAUAAACAAAAUAAAUAUACUACUUCUUAAAAAGGUACGCAAAGCACCAUAACUAUAUUCUGGUGUCAGAGGUCAAGAGGUCUUCGAACCCUGGUGUGCACAGUAUUCCACAAUAGAUAUAUCAAAUUUGUCCUUAUUUGGACUAAAUUUAUUGGAGAGUGGACAUUGCAAAUGCAAAAAGGGUCUUCAUGUUUAGCCAUUAGAGGGGGAUUCAGAUAAGCAUCAAACCAUUUGAAAAAACUUUGACUACUUACUAUAGGAUAGCAUUGGGAACCCCUGUCACCAUAACCACUACAUUGGUAACAUGUUUCUUGUCUGUCAGUUUAACUUGCUGGCAGAGAAAAUGUCUUGCAAGUUACAGUGUACAUUGGAUAUCAUUUUUUUUAUUUGUAGUUCAACCAACAAUGUCUCAGUGGUCCAUUGUUGACCUAUAACAAAAAAUGGAAAUGCUAAAAGCGUUUCAUGGGAAGUCUUUGAAUGUAUUAUUUUAAAGAAUAAGUCCCUUUGUGUUUAGACAAUGUAAAUUGCUAUGGUAAUUCCAAGCCCACGUUUUGGGUGACGAGGAAGCAAUCUUUAGGUGAGUAUAUAUUUUAAUCUCUGCACUUGAUGAUGGCAAAGCAUUGUCAUGCAUGCACAAAUGGUAACUCUUUGCUCUACUCAUUCAUUGUAAAUUAGAAGCAUUCACACCAGUACCUUUUAUUCAUUAUUAUUUCUUAUUGACUGAGAAACAGCAAGCACCACUUGGCAAUUCCCAUUAAACCCUUGGAAUGCAUGAGUUCAUAGAAUAUACAAAGCUGUUUUGCCCUUUACAUUUUAGGGUACUUUCUUAUAGUGCAAUUGAACAUUUUUGGGUUUAUUCGUAAAUUUUUGAUUUGUCCGCUAAUCUGCUAAUACAAUACAUUAUAUUUAUGUAACAUAAUCUCUGUCAAAUGUUUAGGGGUAUUAUAGAAUCCUUGGAAUACAAUUGUUCUUAAACAAGCUGUAGACAUGGAAGGAAGUAAAUGUACAAUUAUAGAUGGUAAUAAGAUAUUUUUUUUUUUUUUUUUAAAUACAUAAAACUGUUCACACUAAACAACAUAACCACUAUAGCCAACUAGUGGUUAAUGCUGCUCUGGAACCAUUCAAUGAUUUACUGUCAAAAAAUACAUUGUUUUAAUGUAAAAACAAAAAAAAAGUUUAGGGACAGUUUGACAUUAACUGUUUCUGGAGACCUCCCACCCACCUCAUCUGCAACUUUGCCCCAACCAGGACUUCAUUGAAAUGCUGAGAACACAAGGGCUAACCUGCCCUUCAGCACUCUUAGCCAAUCACUGCUGUACAAAAUUAACAGUGAUAAUACCUCAUCAAUGAUGGGAUGGUCUCCAUGCACUGGGCAGCUCUGGUAUAAGGAAAACCAAUCCUAAACAGUUUGACAUUAAAUCGGGGAUUGGCAUCGACUUCUAGAAUAGUUUGUUUUGUUUUUUUGCUCAAUGUCUCCAUAAAAACGUCUUAAUGUUUCCUAAAAUGACUCUGAACCUAGAUAGGCUUCUGUAAAUUAACUUACAAUUUUUAAAUGAGCCUCUGUUGAAAUAAAUAUAUUUCUAUACCAGCACAUAUAAUACAGUAUUCUAUGUAAAAUCUGGUUAGAGGAAGUGCUUCAUCUAUAGUACAGUUCUGGUUGUUGGUUUCGCUGUUGCGUUAUGACAUUAAAUGGCUUUUUGUUCUGCAGAGGUAAAAACAUAAUGCACAAGAGGCAUUAGAAUUGUGAAACAAAAUGGACAUACCUAUUUAUGGUGGGGUAAUCAAUUAGGUACAGAUUUAUCACAUCACAUAGAAGUGUAAAUCUUAUUCUUGACUGUACCCAAAUCAUGCACGUCAUGUUGGAAAUCCAUUCUCCACUCAUAAAAAAAAAAUGUUAUAAGGCCCCAUUUUUCAAUAGUAAUAUAUUAUAAAAGAAAAUUCUACAAAGCACAUUCAUUAGUCUAUUCCCAGUGUCAAACAGCCUUGGUUGUACACAGGACAGCAGUGCUAUUAAGUACUCAAAUACAUUUAAGAACUUGCCUAGGGUCUAAUAAAAGUAAUGUUUAUGUCCUAACUACUGACCACCCACAAAACUAGCAUAAGGACCCGGUGAUCAAGUUUUAGGGUAAAAUAAUCUCUGUGCUCAGGGACUCACCAGUCAUGUAUUACAAUAAAGCCUAUAUUUAUCAAAAGACAUUUGGUUGGAAUUAGCAGUGCGACCUUCAUUAAAUUAAAUGCACUUAGGCAAUGCUCUGCAAACAAGAUAUGAAAGUGCCACAAAAUUCUUAAUUUAAAAAUAAAGAAACAAGUUUACUGUAAGUUUCCAUCUCUUCCUUAUUAUGUUGAAUUUUUUACUCACCUUAAACUGCCAAUAUGGUAUCCAAGUGCAUAUUUAUAUAGAUAUCUAUUUAUUGGUUUACCUAUACAGCAUAUUAUAGUUAAUAGUAAUGGGGAUCUUUGUUGUACAGAUGUUCACCUAUGUCAUAAAUUAAAAAAAAUUCAGAUACUGUUAAUUAUUAUUAUUUUUUAACAAACAACCAUUAUUUUUGUAACUCUUGUAUGCCAUUAGGUAGAGUCCCAACCAUAAAUGGCCACAUGGUAGGAUUCACAGCUUGCUCUUUCCGUUUCAUUCUCUUCAUUGCAAAAACAUAUUCUAAUAAGUUUGGUUCUUAGAUCAUAAAAAUACAUUGAAGUAGCUAGCAUUCAUCUGCCUUUUUUAUCAGUAGCAUAAGCUCACUAUGCAAUAAAUAAAUAAAUAAGAAGACUACUGAGUGAGGGAAGAAGAGAUGACAUAAAAGCCUUGCUGGGUCAUGAAACUCGCAGAAGAUGCAAAUGGCUCUUCAUAUUGGUUACCUGAUAUUGACCCGAGUGCCUUAUUGCAAAGUGAACCUCAGGGAAAGAGUUAACUUAAAUUAAGGGGAAAAUAAAAUAACCCAAGCAGAUUGAAGUCCCUGAGCAUUUGGAGAUUAACUUUAUGGUCCAAAAAAGCAGAUAUCUUGGGGUCAGAAAGUGCAAAUUGCCCCUGAUUUCAACUUUACUAAUGAAGGCACCAAUUCUAAAGAUAGUUAGGGGAUUAGGAUUUGAGCCCAGCGUGACUUUAUAUGAUCCUUUAGAGGUAGGAGGUUGCAAAAUAUGGCAGAUAGUGCUUGAAUGCCACCUCAGCCUCCUCCUCAAAAAUGUUCUGCCAGUGUAGACCACCAAGACAGAUCCCAGUGUCCUCUUGCUUCUUCCCAAAUGCGUUAAAGCUAUACGGGUUUUCUUGUAGCUUCCGUGAGUACAUUCUGCAGAUGCUGACGAAAAGUAUCAUAUUUUGUGUGCACCUGGUGUACUUUUUCUCGCUCCUCUUUGUCCAGAAUAAGAAGGAAAUUUUGAAGCUCCGGAACUGUAAAGGCUUCCCACUGCCAAGGAGACAGAGACAUU